AUGACACCAGCAAACAGAACAAUGCGGACCCUCGCAGUGCAGAUGCACCCCAAGCAUCAACCGAAGCCUCAAACCCUACCAGUAUCGCCCCUGCUGAGGGGAUCCCAGGACAAAACCCCCAAGCCUCGCGCCGCCCGCUCUCCAACGACGGCCUCGUUUCCACAGCCCCCGGCCGUCGAGGAAUCCACGUCAGCUCCACCGCGGACGCCGAUGCCCUGGCGCUGGCGCUGCCACGCCUGCGGCGCCACGUUUCGGCUCGCCUGCACGCGGCGCUGUCUCUGCUGCAGCCACGUGCUGUGCACCGAGCGCGAUGGCAGGGGCAGGAUGUGUCGUGCCGAGUUUGACUAUGACGGGUGGGCUGCGUAUGGGGCGUGGAGGAGGGGGCGGAGGGGCGGCGGGAGGAGUGGGAAGCGGGUGACCGAGGGGAUGAGGCACGAGGUCGCUUCUUCUUCUUCUGCGGCUGCUGAUGACGGGGAUGGUAAUAUAGCGGUCGAGGGGCAGGGCUGCUUCUCCGAAUGUGACUGGCCCAGUCAGUGUCGGUAUCGAGCGAGGGAGAGGCUUGUUUCGCCUGUAACUGGUGUUGGGAUGUAUGAGGUGGCGGGGAUGGUGGAACAUGUUGAGGUAGCUUCGGGGGCCGCUGGGGGAAACGUCUGGAGGCGUGGAGAAGACGAGGAGGGCGAAGAGGACGAAGAGUAUGAAGAUGAUAAAGAGGAUGAAGGCGAUGAAGGCGAUGAAGAGGAAGAGGAGGCAGGCGCUUUCGCAAUGUUCAUCUGGUGCGAUGGCCCUGAGACGAUAGACCCGCAGUUGCUCGGUCUACACGGCCAGGCAGACGGGCAUUGGAGCUUGGCAGGGCAGAGGUGCGAGGACUGCAUAAUUGGGCAGGACAUCUGUAAAGGGACCGAGCUGUAG